UUUCCUACGUAGAAUGCAUCUCUUCUCACGCUGAGUAUGCUUCGUACCGUUAUCAGCAAUGAUAACGCGCUUGUGAAGAAUGCACACAUCAGCGGGAAAGUAACAAGAUUCGUGUGUCUGACGAUAGAUGAGGGAUAUGUUAUAAUAUUUUACGAUUCUGUGUUCUGUGCUUGAGAUAUAACUUGAGUAGUGUACACACACGCAGAACACGCUCCGUCCCCGUCUCCGUCAGUACGACUGGAGACACUACCGCAAGUUCAUCGAUUGUGACGAGUUGACGUCAUACAGUAAUCAGACGGCAGAUUGCAACAGUUACUACUUUGCUUGAAGAAAUCCUGUAAAUUACCCGAGAAACUUUCACUUUUCUUUAUGUAAUCGUCACGUGGCUGAGCACUAGCACAUCUCAAUUAACAUCAAAGUAAAUCAAUUUCUUCAAUGGAGCCGUUGGUUAGAGCAGCGCUGCUAAAUAUCAAAGGACAAGCGAGGCUACUGCAAUCCCAAUUUCAGCAUAUUCGAUGCGGUAGAACACUCACAUCUCAACAAGUGUUUGACCGUGAAUCCAAUUAUGGCGCACAUAAUUAUCAUCCACUUCCGGUGGCUGUGUGUAAAGCCGAGGGUGUUUUUAUGUGGGACGUCGAAGGUAAGCGUUAUUUCGAUUUCCUCAGCGCUUAUUCAGCAGUGAAUCAAGGUCACUGCCAUCCGAGGAUCUACAAAGCGAUGAUCGAUCAAGCGAAGAAUUUGACUCUGACGUCCCGGGCAUUCUAUUCCGACGUAUUGGGCGAAUUUGAGGAAUACAUCACAAAACUUUUCGGAUACGACAAAUGGUUGCCGAUGAAUACGGGCGUGGAAGGUGGUGAGACGGCGUGCAAGCUGGCGCGCAGAUGGGGAUACAACGUCAAACGUAUACCAGAAAACAAAGCCAAGAUUGUGUUCGCGGAGGGUAACUUUUGGGGACGAACCAUGAGCGCAAUUUCUGCCAGCACCGAUCCAACUUGCUACAACGGCUUCGGGCCUUAUAUGCCAGGUUUUGGAAUUAUCCCCUACGAUGACCUCGUGGCACUUGAGAAAGUUCUCACUGAGCCAAACGUCUGCGCUUUCAUGGUAGAGCCUAUCCAGGGUGAAGCCGGUGUCGUGGUACCGAAGGACGGAUAUUUGAGGGGAAUCCGAGAGCUUUGCUCCAAGUACAACGUCCUGUGGAUCGCGGACGAGGUGCAGACUGGCCUGGCGAGGACUGGAAAGCGACUCGCGGUCGAUUACGAGGCCGUGAGGCCGGACAUCCUGAUCCUCGGCAAGGCCUUGUCCGGAGGAUUCUAUCCGGUUUCCGGAGUGUUGGCCAACGAUCCCAUUAUGCUCACUAUCAAGCCCGGCGAGCACGGCUCGACUUACGGCGGCAAUCCUCUCGGCUGCAGAAUUGCACUCGAGGCACUCCGCGUUCUGGAGGAGGAACGACUCGCCGAGAACGCGGAGCGGCUCGGUCAUGCGUUCAGAAGCGAGCUCAACAAGCUGCCGAGGGAAGUGGUCACCUUGGUGAGAGGGAAGGGCCUCUUGAACGCGGUUGUGAUUAAUGACAAGAUCGAUGCCAUGGACAUUUGCCUGAGACUGAAGGAAAACGGCCUCCUGGCGAAACCGACGCACGACCACAUCAUCCGUUUCGCACCGCCGUUGGUCAUCACGGAGGGACAGAUACGCGAAUGCGCAGACAUAAUUUCUAAGACUGUGCUCGAGUUACAUUCGGCGGCCGUAUGCGCUAAAUUGGCUAAAUGAGAAGUU